AUGGAGGGAUUUUGGAAGUCAAUUGAGGAUCGCAAAAAGGGUUCGAUACCGCCAGGUUUCAUCUUGCUCCCAGGAUGCCGCAUUAAGCGUCCAGAGUUCGGCUGGGCUCACAGGACCAUCAAGGGAGACGAAAUCCACGACCCAAAACUCCUCGAGACGGUGCUGCCGCAGACGCACCUCCAGCUUGCCAUAAUCCUGUCGCGGCCUCGUCCCGGCGAGCUGCCGUCCGAGAUUGGCCUCUGGGUCCAGAUCUACCGCACCGAAAUGAUCAACGAAGAGACCAACGGGACCCUGUCGGAAAAGAGAUCCCACUACUGCGAGCUGCUGCACCGACUGCACGUCUCCUGA